UACAGUCGCACUAGGAUCAAAAACAGAAACUGAGAUCUGUUCAACUACCCACUAUCAACAUUUUUUUUUACUAAACACACAUUUACAGUACUCUACUAAGUAACUCUAGAUCUAGAAACUAAUCAAAUAAGCAUACUUGGCAUAGAAACAAGAAAUAGAAUAGAGUCUAAUUCUAAUCUAACGAAUCAUAACGAAUGUCAAUUUAAAUUUAAAUGAGAGCUCUUGUAUACUGAAACUGAGUCAAACUGGAGAACUUACAUGUCAUGAAUCCUCUGUCACAACAACAAGUACGGGGCAUGAUGCCUCAGCCAACUAUGCCUGUUGUUGACAGAGAAAGGAUAUAUCAAUGGAUCAAUGACUUAUCAUCACCUGAGACUAGAGAAAAUGCUCUUUUAGAAUUAAGCAAAAAGCGUGAGACAGUGAAUGAUCUAGCCCCUUUACUAUGGCAUUCAUUUGGGACAAUAGCAGCACUUUUACAAGAAAUCAUUCAAAUCUACCCUUGUAUACUUCCACCAGUUCUUACUGCAUCCCAGUCUAACAGAGUGUGUAAUGCUUUAGCUCUGUUACAAUGCGUGGCUUCACACCCAGAGACAAGAUCUGUCUUUCUUGCAGCUCAUAUUCCAUUGUUUUUGUACCCGUUUCUUCAUACUGUCAGUAAAACUCGUCCAUUUGAAUAUUUACGUCUCACAAGCCUUGGAGUAAUUGGUGCAUUAGUGAAGACUGAUGAACAAGAAGUGAUAAAUUUUCUUCUCAAUACUGAAAUUAUUCCCCUUUGUUUGAGAAUAAUGGAAGGAGGAAGUGAACUCUCCAAAACUGUUGCAACAUUCAUCUUACAGAAAAUUCUUUUAGACGAGACUGGAUUAUCUUAUAUAUGCCAUACUUAUGAAAGAUUUUCACAUGUAGCCAUGAUUUUGGGUAAAAUGGUUCUAUCUCUUUCAAAAGAACCCUCAGCUCGACUGCUAAAACAUGUUGUCCGAUGCUAUCUGCGUCUUUCUGACAAUGCAAGAGCUCGUGAAGCACUUCGUCAGUGCUUACCAGAUCAGCUCAAAGAUAUGACAUUUCAGAACUGUCUAAAAGAUGACACCACCACCAAGCGAUGGCUCAUUCAGUUACAGCAAAACUUGGCUGAGAAUGUAACAGACACAACAGGGGCCAGGCCUAUGUGAACAUGUGCGUGUGAUUGAUAGAUGACAGACUUCUUGCAUUGAAUGAAGUAUCAUAGUCUGUUAUAUCUUGUACAAUAAGAUAAUUAAAAUAUUUUAGCCUGCUUAAAAACAUAACAAAGGAAACAUUUGCAACUAAGGAUAUUGACACAAUUUAUUAAGUAAAGUAUAAUGUAUUAAAUAUAUAUAUUUUUUGUAUUUAGUUUAGAGCUUUUUUUUUUAAAUGAUGAAAAAGAGUUUUUGAGCAAUUUAAUUUUUUUGCAAAAACUACAAAUAUUACAAAACAGAAAAGUACAUGAAUUUUAUUUUUGGUAUUAUUUUUUUGAGUUAAAAUCUAGAACCUGUAUUUUCAAGAACUUUAAAAUGCUUUCACUAUCAAUGUUAUAAUAUUUUAAUACUUUUGUUUUACAUUAAAACUAUUUUUUCUUGGAACUUAUGAGACAUCAUCAGUUAAAGUCCCCCUACCCUCAAAUAUAAACAAUUGUUAGCUGAACAUUACAUUAAUGAUGGCAUCAGUUGUUUACUGUCAAUAAAGACUUGUGCCAUGUAUAUAAAUAAAAUGUGUGAGAAUUCACUGUAGUAUGUUGGUAACAAUGUUGAAAGAAUAGUAUUAUUCCUUUGUCUCCAGUAAUGGAAGUAAACAUUACUUAGUUAAAAUGUUUUUGUUGCUCAUUUCAUAUCACAGUCUAAAUGUAUAUGUUGCUCAUUUGAUAUCACUUGUGUUCUAAAAGUUAAAAGGGUUGAGUCAGUUCAUGAAAGCAGUGUACAUUAUAACUAUGUUGCUUAUUAUUUUGUUACUAAGUUAAAUUUUUUUUUACUGCAGCUUAAUUAACGACAGUUGAAUAUUUGUAGUACCUUAAAAUAAAGCACAUCAUUAAACUG